AAUUCCAUGCACCCGCACUUAUCCGGAAACUAAACUCUUCCUCCUUGCUCUGUUCUCUGGUUUCCUCUUUUACCUUUUCCGAUUCAACUCAGUUAAAUCUCCAUUGAAAUCUCUGCUUUCAGUUCCCAAAUUAUUUUCUCUACAAUCUCUCUACCAAUUGCUCGCUCAUAUCUCUUCUUCUUCUCUCAUAUCAUAUCGGAUUCGCGGCAACAUAGUCUCUGUUUCUUCCUUCUCUCCAAUGGCUCUUGAGAUGGGAAAUAUUAGAUACGACGAGGAGUAUAUAAUGAACUCGAGAGGGAUAAAGCUGUUUACAUGUAAAUGGAUACCUACGGAUCAAGAACCGAAGGCCUUGAUAUUCCUACUCCAUGGAUAUGCAAUGGAAUGCAGCAUCACCAUGAACAGCACAGCAAUUAGGCUAGCAAAAGCUGGUUUUGCAGUUUAUGGGAUUGAUUACGAGGGGCAUGGAAAAUCAGAGGGGCUUGAUGCUUACGUUAAGAAAUUUGAUGAUAUUGUUGAUGGUUGCUCUAAUCACUUUACAACUAUUUGUGAGAAGCAAGAGAACAAACAGAAGAUGAGGUUUGUGAUGGGGGAAUCCAUGGGAGGGGCAGUGGCUCUGUUGUUGGCCAGGAAGAAGCCAGACUACUGGGACGGUGCCGUUUUAGUGGCACCCAUGUGUAAGAUUGCAGAUGAGAUUAGACCAAGUCCUCUUGUGAUAAAUGUUUUGACCCAGCUUUGCCGGUUUAUACCAACAUGGAAAAUUAUUCCUGGACAAGAUAUUAUUGAUGUUGCUUUUAAAGAGCCAGAUGUCAGAAAACAGAUAAGAGAGAACCCGUACUGCUACAAGGGACGUCCUCGCUUGAAAACUGGUUUUGAACUUUUGAGAGUCAGUCUGGAUCUCGAGCAAAGACUUAACGAGGUUAUAAUACCAUUUAUAGUUCUCCACGGAGGAGAUGACCGGGUGACGGAUAAAGCUGUGAGCAAACAACUUUAUGAAUCGGCUUCGAGUACCGACAAGACCUUCAAGCUGUAUCCGGGAAUGUGGCACGGACUGUUAUAUGGAGAGCCAGUCGAGAACUGUGACAUGGUGUUUAAGGACAUCAUAGAUUGGACACAAGAAAGAGUUUCUUUAGGGGAUUCGAGGCUGGAGAGGGAGCACAAGUACAGGAAUGAAAAUCUCUCCAUGUCCAAACAGAAGUAGUUCGGGCCUUCAAUCAAUUUACUCUUGACCUUGUUUGGACAAAUUAAUUUGUGGAUUAAUAAUUUGUAAAAAAAAAAAUUUGGUAAAUUAAUUCUUGAGAUUUGUAUAAAUUAGCACAGAGAUAUUCUUAUUAUACAGUUUAAAGAUUUUAGUUCAUCCAAAAGGGUGUUGAAAUAUUAUUUUAUUGUAA